AUGCCCCUCCACGUGAAAUGGCCGUUCCCCGCGGUGCCGCCGCUCACCUGGACCCUGGCCAGCAGCGUCGUCAUGGGCCUGGUGGGCACCUACAGCUGCUUCUGGACCAAGUGCAUGAACCACCUCACCGUCCACAACAAGGAGGUUCUGUAUGAUCUCAUCGAGAACCGAGGCCCAGCCACACCCCUCAUCACGGUCUCCAAUCACCAGUCGUGCAUGGAUGAUCCUCAUCUCUGGGGGAUCCUGAAACUCCGUCACAUCUGGAACCUGAAGUUGAUGCGUUGGACCCCCACAGCUGCAGACAUCUGCUUCACCAAGGAGCUGCACUCACACUUCUUCAGCUUGGGCAAGUGUGUGCCUGUGUGCCGAGGAGACGGCGUCUACCAGAAGGGAAUGGAUUUCAUUUUGGAGAAGCUCAACCACGGGGACUGGGUGCACAUCUUCCCAGAAGGGAAAGUGAACAUGAGCUCCGAGUUCCUCCGCUUCAAGUGGGGAAUAGGUCGCCUGAUUGCUGAAUGUCAUCUCAAUCCAAUCAUCCUGCCCCUGUGGCAUGUCGGAAUGAACGACGUCCUUCCUAACAGCCCACCCUACUUCCCCCGCUUUGGGCAGAAAAUCACCGUGCUGAUCGGCAAGCCCUUCAGUGCCCGGCCUGUGCUCGAACGGCUGCGGGCAGAGAACAAGUCAGCAGUGGAGAUGCGCAAAGCCCUGACGGACUUCAUCCAAGAGGAAUUCCAGCACCUGAAGAGCCAGGCGGAGCAGCUCCACAACCACCUGCAAGCCAGAUAG